AAUUGUUUGGUACCACGUAUACCACAGCGUCUCAAUUAUAUCUUAUGGCUUGAUGACCUGCUGAAAGCCAAUAGUAUUUCGGAAAAUGCGCUCGGCAUUGAUAUUGAGUUAAUACACAUUAUCUUUGGAGCGAUCGUUUGUAUUGGUUUUAGAAUUAUAUUCUCAUUUCCGUCUAAUGCCAGCUAUUUAACGUUUGCGUCAUUUCUGGCUUGUUCUGUAGCUUUUUUUUUCGUUAACAACAUUUUUAGUCUUAUAAAAAUACGCAUUUUUUUUCAGCUGAAAAUGAAUUUUCAUGAUUCGGACGCAGUUCGAAUUCUGGCUCGUACACUGCUUCUCAACGAUUUUGAUUUGGACGUUGAAUUGCCGGCGAAUUGUUUGGUACCACGUAUACCACAGCGUCUCAAUUAUAUCUUAUGGCUUGAUGAUCUGCUGAAAGCCAAUAGUAUUUCGGAAAAUGCACUCGGCAUUGAUAUUGGAACAGGUGCAUCAUGUGUAUAUGCGUUACUGGGUGCAAGGCAGUGUGGCUGGAGAUUUUUAGCAACUGAUGCCGAUCCUUCAGCCGUUCAGGUUGCAACUGCAAAUGUACAGAGAAAUAAUUUAAGCGAAAGAAUUGAAGUUGUUCGAGUGAAUGCGGAUAAUAUGAUCAAGGAGAUUGUUCGUUCCCGUCCGGAUGCUGAUUUCACUUUUUGCAUGUGUAAUCCCCCAUUUUAUGAAUAUGACGAAUUUGAAGAGAAGUAUGCUUAUCUUACGGAUGAUGUAACAACAAAUGCUGUUGAUCGACCGGAUCGUCGGCCACCACAUUCAGCAACGAUUGGUAAAAGCAGCGAAUUGGCGUCUUCGGGCGGAGAAGUUGCAUUUGUUGGCCGAUUGAUCGAAGAUAGCUUUGUUUUGCAAAAUGCGGUGAGACUCUAUACAACAAUGGUGGGAAAAAAGUCAAGCUUGACUGAGCUGCGUAAGAAACUGAGACGUUGUGUGAAUGUUCGAUUAACCGUUACAACACUCUGUCAGGGCAGGACACAUCGUUGGGUACUGGCAUGGACUUUCGAAUCUCGAAUUAAACUGGACAAGCUCGCCGACUGUACGCCUCCUUUGGAAUUGGGAUUGCCACAUGUUCUGGAAGGCCGAGAAAGUUCAAUCGCCUGGAUAAGAAAAAUACUUGCUCUGCUGGAGAUUUCAUGUGAGAAGCAAGAGAAUGACGUUUUCUUCUGUGAAGCAAUGAAAAAUACCUGGUCGCAGCAGCGUCAAAAACGGCGAGCCGAGCGAGCUUUAGCCUCACUUAGCGCCCCUCCAGCAAGCAAACGUUUUUGUUUUGGACGAUCGAGCAUUGGUUGCACCGCCGAACUGGGAAGUGGUGAUGGCAAAGAUAGCUUAAGCGAAGCCGGAAAUCACAUUGAUUGCUUGCUGAUCAGUACAAGUGAUGCGAACAAACGUGAUGCAUCCGUACAGGUUUGA